UGUUUCGAAACUUCGUUGAGCUUUGUGAAAACUUCUGAGAGAAAGACGAAAUCUCUCUUUCGCCGGUGAGAAUUUGAUUCUCCGAUCACUACAUCGAUUCCGCUUACCGAUCUGAUACUCGUCGAUUAAUUAGAAGGGUUGAUGAAGAAAUCACAGAGAUUUCGUGAUUGAUGUUUUAGUGAAAUGGAAUUGGUGUGAUCUGAGUUUUCGUGGCGUAUUGAUUCAUCGUUGAAGUGUUCUGUGAUUUGAUUUGAAUUUUUAUUAAAAUGGGAGAUAAUUCUGGUAGAAGUAGGAGCUCUAUGAUGGCAACUGGGAAAGAGUUGUUGUUACCCAAGAGAAGCUUAGUAGCUGCUAUUCCAAGAGCAGUUCAGCAGACGAUUUGUAAGCAUGUUUCGUUUGGGAAUGAUGGUAGAGGAGUAGGAAGUGGGGCUUUGGGUAAUGCAGCUGUGUUUCUGCUUAAAGUCGCUGUUUUGGAAGUUGUUAGAAGGGUUUCAAAGGCUAAAUGUCCUCAUUUGUGGAAUAGUCUUCAGGCGUUGCAGUGUCUUUGUUAUCCUCCUCUUAAGUGGAUUCAGAGAUGGGCUCCUUUCAAGGAGUUGAUCAAGGCAAUGCAGAUGCUGUCUCGGCCAUUAUUGGUCCUCACGAUAGCUGAGGCUCUCACAGACCAGUCAGAGUUAAAGCAAGAUACCCCAGGUGGUAACACUUCUCAUGCAUCUUCAGAAUCACAAUCUGACCCACAGCCGUCACAGUCUCCAUCAGAUAUAAGAAUUGAAGAUGAGACUCCACUUCCUGUAACUUCACAAGACUGGCUUAGACAACUCUAUGAAGAACUGGAAAAACAGAGACUUAACUUGCCUGAGAGAGUCAAUGAAGACGAGCUCCAUAGAUUCUAUAGAGUGUCAAAUGGAGACUUCACAUCCUUACUAUCUUCUAUAAAAAAAACAAUCCAGUGGAGGGAGACUUACAGAAUCCUAUCUGAAGAAGAACUUGAGACAUGGUCAAGUUUAAUCUUUUGGCAUGGAUAUGACAGGAACCAACGACCUUGCCUCAUUGUCCGCUUGGGGCUUGCUUUCUUAAAGUUGCCAUCUCAUGAAAGACCUCGCUUUGCUCAGGCAAUCAUAUCUCAGGUAGAGCACGGCGUUUUGCAUCUUCUGACCCCCGAGAAUUCAGAACUGACAGUGUUAGUCGAUUGUGAAGGAUUAUCUCCUCUGAGGAUUCCCAUGCAGAUGAUGAGAUCUUGUUCAUCCAUUCUUCAAGAUCACUUCCCUAACCGUCUUGGCUGUCUAUUCAUCAUUCGCCUCCCUCCUGUUGUCCGAGUCAUUUCCCAGACUUUCAUCCAAAUUCUUAGACCAACCACACGCAAGAAGCUGAGAAUUGAAGGGGAAACUUUCCAUCGAGUUCUCUCUGAGUAUCUUCAGACGCUUCCUUCAUACCUUGGCAGCGACUGCAAUUGCAAAAGAUGCUCGAAUCUCAACGGAAAAGAUCCACCACAACCACAAACACAAACACACCAAAGAAGCAAGAGUAGAAGCUCUAGAGAAACAGAGAAGCUAGAAGACGGCCACUGGAGUUACAAUGUCCAGACACCUGAUUUAGCAUAUGAGGAUGAACCGAGCCUGAACAUAUGUAACCAAGUUCUGCGAACAGCAGUAGUGUUCUUGCUCAUGAUUUGGCUCUUCGGUGCACUUCUAGCUGGAUUCGCCGAUCCUGAGAGCAGACCCUUUUAAGCUUCCAUAAGGUAAAAACCAUCGUCGUCAGUAGUGAAUUUUAGGCAAAUGCGUCUGUCCUCUGUAUACAUAGUGAUAGUAUAUGUGUGAUAUGCGUUGUUAUAUACAUAUUCAUUAGUGAAUAAACCAUCUACACUGGAGGGAUAAUAAGAAUCAAUUGAUUCAACUUAGUUAUGGGUCUUGAUUUAGGGAUAAUGGUUGUGGUUCAGUACAUUUUUGCGUUUGGGAGAAAGUAAGUUAAGUAAACUAUGGUUCAGUAUCAUGUUGAGACUUUGGUCACUGUUGGUAAUGUUUUGUAAAAGUCAGAUUUGUAAUAUGUAUCUGAAAACUUUAUAAUGAUAAAUAUAUAUAAGAAAAAUAACUAGUA